AAACAAAUUGAAAAAAGAGAUGGCGGGGUACGAAAACACGGUGAAAAAUGUCGACAGGCCACGUCUUUGUGAUUUCCAGGAGAGACAAGAAAAAUUUUGAUUGCAAAUUAUAAAUAAGAGCGUCGUGAAGCAACACGAUGAGAGGCAGUUUUAAGAUGUGCUAGUUGUUUACAGCUGUUAGCGGUGGCUACAAUCCAAACCCUACCUAUUUAAAUCGGCAAACUUAUUUUUUUAAGUAACAAACGCUAAAAAAAAUUGUAGUGGAAAGUUACCUGAUACUUCCUUGGCUACAGGACUCCAGGAGGAGGAGCGURAACCCUCACAAUGAGCUGUAAUGGAAAGGUUAUCCCCCACACACCGCUGGCUGUAGAUUUCUGGCAUGUCCGGAAGUGUCCAGGCACCCGGCUGUUCUUCCUGACCCACAUGCACAGCGACCACACGGUGGGUCUGACCUCCACAUGGAGCAACCGGCCCAUCUACUGCUCCUCGACCACCGCCACGCUGCUCAAACUCAAACUGCAGGUGAAAGACCAGUGGGUCCAUCCKCUAGAGCUCGGUGAGCCGUACCUGCUCCCUCUGGACGACAUCGGCAAAGAGAAGCUCACACUCACACUUAUAGAUGCCAACCACUGUCCAGGCUCUGUCAUGUUUCUGUUUGAGGGCUACUUUGGCUCAAUCCUUUACACCGGGGACUUUAGAUACUCUCCUUCGAUGCUGCGUGAGCCGUGUUUAAGGACCAACACCACUAUAGAUGUUCUGUACUUGGACAACACCAACUGUGACCCCAACCGCACCCUGCCAUCCAGACAGAAAGCCACUCAACAAAUCAAAGAGCUCAUUCGCAGCCACCCUAACCACAAUAUUGUUAUAGGUGUGUACUGUCUGGGGAAGGAGUCUCUCCUAUACGAGCUGGCGAUGACGUUUAAAACCUGGGUCGAGGUGAGUUUUGAGAAAAUGGAGACCCUCAAGGCUCUGGAGCAGCCCGACGUCUUCACCACCAAGCCGGGAGCMGGUCGUAUCCGGGCCGUGGAGCAGUCACAGAUCAACGCUGCAGCGUUGGAGCAGUGGAAUGAAGAACAUCCCACGUUGGUCAUCUUGCCCACCAGUAGGCCCUUUAUCUCCUUCCACCCAAACAUCCAUGUAGUGCCCUAUUCAGACCACUCCUCUUAUCAGGAGCUGGAGGACUUUGUCUCUGCUCUGAAGCCUUUAUCUAUCGUGCCCAUUGUUGGACAGUUUCUGCCUGGAAGUCUGUCUGCCUUACUGCCACAUAGAAAACGCWCUGAGAUCCUCGUUCCCGAGUCUGUCCAGCACUACAUGUUGAGACUGCCUGAAAACCAGCUCAGCUCCUCAGCGUUCACUGGUCUUUACCGCAGACACUUCAGACCUCUUGCUCCCAAAGGAGUGUUAUUUGAUUCUCCUGCAAAAGGACCUGUGACACCGUGUGAAGACGUCUGGGAGGCAGACAGUGUGGGACAGGAAGGGUCUGAGGAGGACAUGGAGACUGACAGCCGUGAAAGGGUCUCUGAAUGUAUCCUUGUAGACCCCAGUGUGAAACUCACCCCUAACAAAAGCAGAGGAGGAGCUGGAGAUGGGUGGAACCUCAACAUCAUUAAGCUUGUUUCUGCCACGAAGAAGAACGUUAAAGCCAAAAUAAUCAACAAUCAGCACAGAGAGGAUGGAGAUGAGAACAGCCAGAUGAUGUCAGAUCAGGAUGUGAUGAGUGAGCGCAGCGAGUCUGUCAGCGCCCCCUGUGCUCCAUCCAGCAGGUCUGAAGUGUUCUGCAGUGAGUUUAUUGAGAGACUGGAAAACAGCCUUUUAGAAGAUCUCCCAUUCUCAGAAGAGGACUUGAAACCUAGAGGCCUCCUAUCUGAGAGCUUCRUAAGAAAGUUCACAAAUAUAUCUUAAAAGAGUUGAGUGCAAGAUGACAACUGGUGAGCUCAGUGUUCUGACAUCAUUGCUUUCUUUAUAAGCUGUUUGUGUUUUUGUUCAACACUGGCUGUUAAAUCAUGGUUUUUGAAAUUAAAUAKAAAAAGGUUAUCCUGAACUGUAUUAAAUGUUGCCAUUUGAAACAGUUUACUAUUAUUUAGUAUUUUUCAUACCAGCACAUUAGAUUUGUUGCUCUUCCAUUGACUUUGUCAUUGUUGACUUAUUAUUUGUCACUUUGGCUGUUUGUAGGUAAACAAACAAAAAAAAAACAUAACAGCUGGCAUCACAGAUAUUGUAUAUAUACUUACAAUUAUUAUUUUAUUUAAAGGCACAUUAGCUGUCAAUAUGAGGAAAUAUGGUGCAUAUUUUGUUUCUUACUUAGAUUUUUUUUUUUUGUGUUUUUAUAACAUUAACACUGAAUCCUUCAUUUGUUUGUUAGUGGCAUGGAGUUUGUAAAACCAGGUAAAUAACCUCAUAAGAUUUAACCUAAAAGGAUUUCUUCUGUAUGAUUAAUWAGUUUUGUUUGUAAAUAAUGGAAAGAUGAAGUGUUUCUGAGUUUUUUGGAUCAUAACUCAGCUGUGGGUCUAACUGGUAAGAGACCAGUUUAUGAAGCAGCUGAUGUUAGUUUUUCCACUCUUAUAUUGUGCAGCAAAGAAACUGCAGGUAGAUUUUGGUUUGGAUUUUUUGGUCAUAUAUCUGUUCAACCUUGCACAUUAAUUUUUACAUGUUCACCAUGACAGUGAAAGCCUUUUUAGUUCAAUCUUAUAUUUUCACAACUUAARUUUGUGAGCUCUUAUUUGGAUGGGAUUAGCACUUUUUUCUGUCAGUAUUAUUUUUUUGUUACAGUGAAGUAACAAAUCUGACUGAUUAAUUGAAUUGUUCUAUUGUCAUCAUGAUUUUGUGAGCAAAAUGAAUAAAAAAUAAAAUACUAACCAUG